AUGCUAUUUUCCAAACCUGUUCACAUCGCCAAAGCAGAGGAGCUCCGCAAACCUCCUCCAAGAGGUUCCCCAUACUCUGUCCCUAUUCCCGGCUCAGCGCAGCCUGGUCGAACCCCAAUCUAUCGAGCAUGGAACCACUCACACGAGCUUCUAACUACCCUGGAUCCGGCGGUUACUACCUUACAUGAGAUGUUCGAGUCGACUGCCAACCGGCUACCCAAGAGUCGAUGCCUCGGCCGACGUCCGUAUGAUGCGACAACCAAGUCUUUCGGUCCCUACCAGUGGAUUGACUACCAAACCGUUCAACGACGACGAGCGAACCUAGGAGUCGGCCUCGUGGAGUUGCAUAAAAAACACGGUCAUCCAGGAGGAAAGCAUGGUGUUGGACUAUGGUGCCAAAACAGGCCGGAGUGGCAGAUUACGGAUCUGGCGUGUACCUCCCAGUCGCUUUACUCAGUUUCUCUUUACGACGUCUUGGGCGCUGAUACAACCGAAUAUAUCAUCAACCAUGCCGAGCUGGCAUGCGUCGUUACAUCUCUCCCACACGUUCCUACCCUUAUCAAGUUGAAACCAAAGUUGCCGGGUCUCAAAUUCAUUGUCUGUUUGGAUCCGCUUGAUGGAAAUGAGCAACCAGGCCUGUCAAAGCGGACUCUCUUGAAUGAAAUGGCCAGUGGUAUGGACUUGACAAUUUACUCCAUGGACGAAGUGGAGGAACUCGGCGCUUCUCUCAAACGCCCCUAUAACCCACCUACUCCCGAAGAUGUUGUUACCAUCAACUACACCUCGGGGACUACAGGACCCCCUAAAGGCGUGGUUUUGCUUCACAAGAAUGCUAUUUCGGCCCUUUCUGUCAGCAUAAUUGUUACCAAAUGGGGUAAUACCGACGUCGCGCUUUCAUACCUCCCGCUGGCCCACAUUAUGGAACGUCUUGUUGAGCAAGCAUCUUUCUGGGCUGGCGGUGGUCUUGGUUACUAUCACGGAGAGAUUCUGGAACUAGUCGAUGAUUUGAAGACGUUGCGCCCAACAGCUUUUGUGUCGGUGCCACGCCUUUACACCCGGUUUGCUGGCGCAGUUCGUACCGCAACUGUGGAUGCCCCAGGCUUUAGAGGUGCAUUGUCACGACAUGUCUUAAGCACAAAGUUGGCAAACCUCGAAAACCCAGAUACGACUAAUACGACGGAGAAACAUGCCAUCUAUGACCGCAUUUGGACUCGUAAAGUUGCGGCUGCUCUAGGUAUGGACCGGGUUAGGAGUAUGGCGAGUGGCUCGGCACCUUUGGAUCCAUCUAUUCACAACUUUAUGCGAGCUGUUACAGGAGCAUCAUUUGUGCAGGGCUACGGCCUUACCGAGUCAUAUGCUAUGGCUAUCGUGCAGAACGUGGAAGAUCGCUCGGUAAAUAACUGUGGUGCCAUCUCACCUGGUAUUGAGGCUUGUUUGGUGUCUAUCCCUGAUAUGGAGUACUUCGUGGACGACAAGCCACUCCCUCGAGGAGAGUUGCUGUUACGUGGAAAUCAUAUUUUCCGUGAGUACCUCAAGAAUCCCGAGGAAACAGCUGCUGCCUUUACCGAAGAUGGCUGGUUCCGUACUGGUGAUAUCUGUACGAUCGAUGAGCUAGGCCGUUUCAGAAUCAUUGACCGCCGCAAGAACGUCCUGAAGUUGGCGCAGGGUGAAUACAUUUCUCCAGAACGUCUGGAAGGUAUUUUGCUGGCCCAGCACACAUAUUUGGCGCAAGCCUAUGUGCACGGAGACAGUCUGCAGACUUCAUUGGUUGGAAUCUUCGGUGUUCAACCGGAUACUUUUGCUAUGUUUGCUAGCAAAGUUUUGGGCCAGGAGAUCAGUCCUACGGAUUUGGCACAAAUCAAGUCAGUGUUGGACGACGAUAGGAUCAAAAGGGCAGUGUUGCAGGAUUUUGACCGGACGGCGAAGAAACAUAAAUUUGCUGGAUACGAGCGAGUACGAAAGUUCACUUUGAUGCUCGAACCGUUCACCAUUGAGAAUGAGCUCUUGACGCCAACAUUGAAAAUGAAGCGUCCUCCUAUCGUCAAGAAGUUCCGUGUCCUGAUUGACGACAUGUACGCACAGCUUGCUGAAGAGCAAUCCGCUCCAAGGGCCAAGCUUUAA